AGACAAGUUUCCGACUUUCUUCCACACCCUCUCUAGUCUCUCUAGUCUACGUCUACCCGCUCGGCCGCUCAUUCACAUUCAUCUCUCCCCAUCUCCCCAUUGUGCUGGGUGGUUGGUGAAAGCUGAAGGAAGCACGAGGGGCUUGGGAUCUUCGUGUGGCUAUCGCUUUCCAUAAGCGGAAUAAUAACCCAAACAAGACUUUUCUCCUUUCAGCUGAAUGCCUCCUCGCCUUUCUUCUCUCCAUCGCUCUCGCUCCCUACCACUCCAUUCGCCGUCCAAAUCCUUGCCGGGAACCAUCCCGCCGGUGUUUGAUCCAUUGUUCGGCCGAAUGGCGCGAGUCCUCUUACGUGCCUUUCCUCUCGCCUCUAAAUCGUCUUCAAACAACGGCUUUCCUCUUCGUUCCCCAUCGCAUUCGAAUUUUGUUCCUUCUACCACUCGUUCCGUUAUCUCCUCUUUAGAUUCUUUAGUUCUUCGUCGGAGAUUUCAUGUUUUGUGUCGAGCAGAUGGAACGUCUUCCAGACCUCUGCGAGGGAAUUUUGCUACGCAGCGAGGGUACAGAAAGGUGCGGCGUCAGCCGUUCAAGAAGAAGGAGAAGCAGUUGGAGCUCAAUGUCAGAAUCUGUAUCGAAGAAGAAUUGCCAGACGAUCCUGAAAUUCUGAGUAUUGCAGAAAUGCUCAAAUUAAAUGCUCCUAUGGCUAUGAAGUUGGCAUUUGAUGGUCUAAAAGAUUCUGUAUAUAAAACAAGAGAUACUAGCAUAAAUGAUGUUGGUGAAUUUGAGAAUGUUGAAUUGUCAAUCCUUCUUUGCAAUGAUGAGUUUAUUCGGAAACUUAAUAAAGAUUGGAGGGAUGAGGACCAUGCUACUGAUGUUCUUUCCAUGUCACAACACAUUCCUGGGCUUGACCUCCCAAUUCUUAUGUUGGGUGACAUAGUCAUUUCUGUUGAGACAGCUGCAAGACAAGCAGAGGAAAGAGGACAUACUCUUCUCGAUGAGAUACGCAUCCUCUUGGUUCAUGGGUUGCUACAUCUUUUAGGGUUUGAUCAUGAGAUCAGCGAUGAGGCAGAAGAAGAAAUGGAGAGGGAGGAGGAACUUCUCUUGAAAAGUCUUGGAUGGAAGGGUAAAGGUUUAAUUCAGAGUGCAUAUGAUGCUGCAACUAAUGGAAGUUUGCAAAAAGAACAUUCAGCUGGUAAACGUUUAGAAGACAGGAAGAGAGAAGGCAGUCUGCGAUUUUAUAGACCAAAAUUCAGCUAUAUCUUCUGUGACAUGGAUGGUACACUGCUAAACAGUAAAAGUCAAGUUUCUUCAACAACAGCAAAAGCUCUGAAAGAAGCUGUAUCAAUGGGAGUAAAAGUGGUUAUAGCCACUGGGAAGACACGACCUGCUGUUAUAAGUGCUUUGAAGAUGGUAGAUUUAGCUGGAAAGGAUGGCAUUGUUUCAGAGUUUUCACCUGGGGUUUUCUUACAGGGAUUGCUUGUUUAUGGUAGACAAGGUCGGGAAAUUUCUAGAAGAAAUUUGGACCUUAGUGUCUGUAGAGAGGCAUUUCUUUACUCAUGGGAGAACAAGAUUCCUCUUAUUGCAUUUAGUCAGGAUCGUUGUUUAACACUGUUUGAUCAUCCUUUGGUUGACUCUCUUCAUUCUGUAUAUCAUGAGCCAAAGGCAGAGGUUAUGCCUUCGGUUGAACACAUUUUAGCUGCUGCUGAGAUACAGAAGCUGAUUUUCUUAGAUACUACUGAAGGGGUGGCUGCUACCUUGAGGCCAUAUUGGUCAGAAGCAACAAAAGGGCGUGCUGGUGUCAUCCAAGCACAGCCUGAUAUGCUUGAAAUUAUUCCCCCUGGAACCUCAAAAGGAAGUGGAGUAAGAACGCUGCUUGAUCAUUUAGAUGUAAAUGCAAAAGAGAUAAUGGCUAUUGGUGAUGGUGAAAAUGAUGUUGAGAUGCUUGAGUUGGCUUCGCUAGGAAUUGCUCUCAGUAAUGGAUCAGAGAAGGCAAAGGCUGUGGCUGAUGCGAUUGGUCCCAGCAAUGAUGAAGAUGGUGUAGCUGAUGCCAUCUACCGUUAUGCUUUCUGAGCAUCUAUUUGGGCAUGAAGAUAGGAAAAGCCAAAAUAACCAUGGUAUAGGUCCAUAUUUAUAUGUUGGGGAUCAACCCAUGCUUAUGUUCUUGUUUAUUUGUAUAUUCCCUUUAAAGGGAUUCUUCAAAAUCCAAAAGAGGAGUUAUUUAUUUUUUUUAGGCAAGGAAGGUUGUCUGUUCCGUUGUUGAAAUUGUCUGAUCAAGACCAUUCUUUGCGCUGGGCAUCCCCAAACCCUGUUAAUGAGGGAAACAGCUUUCUUUGGUUUCUAGCUCCAAUUAAUUGUCACUCCACCAAUGUUGAAAGAGAAGAAAGAUUCUAUUAGAUCAGAUUCAGAGUUAAAAAAGAGAGAAAAAAAAGAUUCAUUUGGUGAUGGCAGACUUAUUCAGUUUCUUUUGGUUACUGAUGAAUAUUUAGUGAUGCUUGUGUUUGAGGAAUUGUUGACAGUCUGUACUUUAGGAUGUUCUUUCUGGAAUAUAUUAUUGGUGCUGGUGCACGGGUGGUUGGCACUUUUUCAAA